GUUACGUCACCACGCCCGCCCCCUUCCCGCCGUGCCAGAUUGCGUAUUAUGGGAUGUGCGGAAUUAACGCAGCCCUAGGCGGACGCGGUGUGGCUUUUAUCGGCGUAAAGAGCAGCGGCGCAGAGGGUCCGGGGACAGGCAGCGUCUCGCCAUGGAGCUCUCUGCCGUCGGGGAGAGCGUCUUCGCGGCCGAGUCCAUCAUUAAGCGACGGAUCAGACGGGGUCGUUGGGAAUAUCUGGUGAAAUGGAAAGGCUGGUCUCACAAGUACAGCACAUGGGAACCAGAAGAAAAUAUCCUGGAUGAGCGCCUCUUGGCAGCCUUCGAGGAGAGGGAACGGGAGCGGGAGCUUUUCGGGCCCAAAAAGCGAGGACCCAAACCUGAGACAUUUCUCCUGAAGGCCAAAGACAGGGAGAAAAUGUACGAAUUUGGAGGAGAUUCAGUCCGGCCUAUCCAGGUCUCCUACCCGGUGCCGGAGCCCGUCGCCACGCCGAGGGCCAGGGAGGGUCUGCGGGCCGUGGUGCCCACCAUCUUCCCCCCCAGCGCCGUCAACCGCGGGGAGAGCGUCCACCACCACUUCAUGCAGGAGCAGGAGCGGCUGGCGGAGGACUCGUCCCCGGCGCGCCUCGCCCGGAAGCGAGGACGAAAGCCCAAACUGCGUCUGCUGUACGAGCGGGACGAGGACUACGCGCAGCCCGCCGUCAAAACACGCAGACCCUCGGCGGAAACGUCCGAUCCCAGCCUGGCGCAGCUGACCAGGAGGUUCCGGGAGGAGACCACCAUCACGCCCAAGCCGCAGGACCGCGCAGGCCGGACGCGAUAUUACGUCGAGGAGCUGGGCGUCGUCUGUCCGCCCACGCCCCGCGGCGGCGGCGGCGCGGCGUGGAAGCCGCGCUUCCGCAACCUGGAGACCGUGACCGUCACUGACGUCACCAUGAACCUCCUGACCGUCACCGUCAGGGAGAACUACACCGACGAAGGCUUCUUCCGCGGGAAAAGAUGAAGAAACCCGCACCCACUUCAUUAGGUACACUACAAGUCCGCACCAAAAUUCAAAAUUUUUGCUAAUAAUCUUGCUAACUUCUCAGAUGUUCACUUUAGUUGUUAUAUAACAUGUCCCUAAUAUUUCCUCCCUCUUGUUUAUCUUAAGUAGGAUGGCAAAAUAUUAGCAAGAUCUGCUUAAAAAAUAACCUGACGUGUCCCUAAUAUUUCGUCCCUGUUUUAAACAAGGGAGACCAAAUAUUAGGAACAUCUCCCAGUUGUGUUGUUGCAUUAGCAUUAGCAUUAGCAAGAUCUGGAUUUAAAAAAAAUUAAGCAUUUCAAGAAAUAACCAAGCUCAGUUUUGAUUGACAUGAUUCUCUGAGGAUGAGUUUUGACUCUGACGUGUCCCUAAUAUUUCGUCCCUGUUUUAAA